AUGAAUUUUUGUGAACAGUCAGAAUUUUCUUAUUCAUAUGAUAGAAUGCAUGAACCACCAUCAAUAUCAUCAAAUACAGUAGGAACUACUAUUUGCACAGGUUGUUCCUUACCAAUCGAUGAACAAUAUUUAUUAUGUGUGAUGGGCACAUGUUGGCAUGAACGUUGUCUUGUCUGUGUUGAAUGUCAAGAACCAUUGGUAGCCACAUGUUAUCAUAAAGAAGGGAAAAUCUAUUGCAAAAGAGAUUAUUUUGAAAUAUUCGGUAUGCGAUGUUCAAGAUGUAAAGCAAUUCUUCGACCGGAUGAAAUAAUUAUGAAAACAUCGGGUCAAGUGUUUCAUUUACAAUGCUUUAGAUGUUCUCUAUGUGAUGAUCAUUUGCAUAAAGGUGAUCCAUAUAUGUUUCGUGAUGGUUUACUUCUUUGUCAUGCCGACUUUCAACAUCAUCAUUCACAACAACAACAACAACAACAACAAAUUAUUGCAUUACAUCAUCCACAACCAACAAUUCGAUGUAAUCGAAGUGAUGAAGAAGAUAGUUAUGAAGAAGAUUGUUGUUCAUCAGAUGCUGUUACAAUGGGUAGUGGUAUACAUCAAUCUGGACAUAAUCAUUUAAGAAAUCCUCGUGGACCUAAACGACCACGAACUAUUUUAACAUCUGUACAACGACGGAAGUUUAAACAAGCAUUUGAUGUUAGUUCAAAACCAUGUCGAAAAGUUCGAGAAAGUUUAGCUAGUGAAACUGGUCUAUCAGUACGUGUUGUUCAAGUAUGGUUUCAAAAUGAACGAGCAAAAAUGAAAAAAUUACAACGUCGUCAAUUACAAAAUAAUACCAAUGAAAUAAAUGAAAAAAAAUCGAAGAAAAAAAUAACAAAUGAUGGCUUAUUAAAUCAUUAUGCAUUUGAUGAUGAAGAAGAAAAUAUCGAAGAUAGUCGUUGUUCAUCAGAAGAAUCAAUAUCACACAGUAUUUCAAAUGGUUUUGGAUCAUCAAAUGAUGAAAAUAAUAAACACGAAACAAAUGAUGGUAGACAUCUUCAUUUAAUUAAUGACAAUUGUUAUUCAUCACAUGAAAAUACAGAUGGUGAUGUUAAUGGAGAUUCAGUAAAUCGAAGUCAAAAUCCAAUUGAUAAACUAUAUUCAAUGGCCCAAAAUGCUUAUUAUUGUUCAGCGUGUUAA